AGCCACGUGCUCGUGUCUCUCCUAACGUCCGUCUAUCAUGGACGAUGCUCAGACUCUGGACGUGCUCGCCAACGUUCUCAACGAUAUAUCUGAAAAGCCUUAUAAUUUCUCUCUUCAUGUUCAGCAUAUCAAUCUCGCUCGCUCGCUGCAAGGCAUGGAAUCCGAAGUCCAGUCAGCAAUCGAGAUGAUGUCCAAUUACUACUCAGUCGGAGGCGACCUCUGGUUGGAACUUAUCGAAUCCAAGAAGGCGUCUUUGGAUUUGGAUACCGUCGAUGGUGUAGCAGAGCUCUUGGUGGUGUACGAACGUGCAGAAUACGACUAUACAUCUAUUCCUCUUCUGAAAAGUCACAUAGAAUUCGUCUUGGAACGAUACGCACGGUACUAUGGCAGCGAAGCUACAGAGCCAAAGCCUGAUGCAUUUGGCGAACUCUUCUCGGAAGACUGGACCCGCACGACACUGUCCGGCAUCGUAAAGAAGGGUCAGGGUCAUGUAACACAGAGCCAUGUGUUAUGGGAUAUGCAACGGGACUGGGAGCUUGAAGUGCUGGAGUCUACUUCAGGUUCAGAUAGAAUUGAAGCUGCUGAACGAGUGCAACGCUUCCUCCUUGAACGCCUCCGGCAACCUCACUCAAACUCUGACGACACCUUUCAAAUAUACUCCUCGUUCACCACGAACCACAAGCCACCGCAGGAGUACGAACCGCUCCUUGUUGCUGCUACCAAAAUCCGCUCACAAGCUGUUAAAACCUUUCAACGACGAGAAGCCAUGGAAGCUGCAUUGGUCCAAUCCAAUUUCUCUCUGGAGAGCUAUGCAAGCUAUAUUGCCUAUGAAAACAGAGCUAGAUAUCCAGAGCUGCUAGUAAUGAGUGGCCUUUAUGAGCGGGCCAUCGCAGAGGCUGCAAAGCGGAAGUUUGCUGGUGAGGCGGGUGCCGACGACGCUUUGAGAUCAUUUUGGGUUGGUUAUUGUGACGCAGUGAGAACACUCGGCGACGAGUCUGGAGAACUACAGGUUUUGCGAAGAGCCAUCAGAAGCGCACCAGCCUCUGGGGACGUGUGGGCUCGAAAUAUCCGGUACUUGGAACGUAUAUCUGACCCAACAGACAGUUCAAGUACAGCGGAUUCCAUAUCUAAGAUCUACAAUUCGGCGCUAGGCACGGAUCUGCUCCAGUCUGAGGUCGAACAAAUCAUCCCGGUCGUGUUGGCGCGCGCAGGUUUUGAAAAACGAUGGUUCGAAGCUGGAUAUGGCGAUGAGAAAACAUUUGCCACGCUAAUAGCGAUAUUGGAGAGUGGAAUUGAUAUAGUGCGGAAAGCGAACAGCAACGGCGACCAGUGGUUGCGGCUUGAAAAAUAUCUGUCCGAGAUUUAUCGUGUCGCGGGAUUGGUGGAUGGCCUGAUAAAGCUGUGGCAAGCGACUGCGAAACACUACAAAAGCAGUUACAUGGCAUGCACAUUGUACACUGAUGCACUCAUAAAAAACGACCGCGCGGAUGAUGCCCGCAAAGUGUUUCAGGAGAUGCACAGGAAACACUUUGACUGGCCGGAAGCCAUAUGGGACGCUUGGGUAACGUUUGAACAUUUUCACGGAACGGUGGAAGAGAUCAAUGCCGCAAUGGAUAACAUUGAAAAAAUCCGACUUCAGGUAAACGCCCGACGGGCCAAAGAAGCUGAAAAGGCUUCGCGGCAAUAUGCACAGAUGGCUGCAGAUCAGUUUGUGAAUGAAGUUGCGGCCAUGCAGCCGCAUGAGACUAGUGAGAACGCUAUGAAGGUCGACUCUGUGCCGCCAGCCAUGGUCGAGAGGGGUGCCAAGAGACGAUCAGAAGACGAUGAUGGAGGUACAGCACUCAAGAAAGCCAAGACAGCUCCAUUGAAAAGGGACAGGGAAAAUUGCACCGUUUUCGUUGCGGAUCUUCCUCCAAAUGUAAAGGAGGAGGAUUUGCGUGCGCUUUUCCAAGACUGUGGGACUAUCAAAGCCAUCAAAAUUUCAUCAAUGCCAGAGGGACAUGUUGCUACUGUCGAGUUUGCAGAAAGGGACUGCAUAGCGGCAGCGUUGACGAAAGACAAGAAGCGAAUCCACGAGCAAGAAAUUGCUGUGCACCUUGCAUGGCAGUCCACCCUGUACAUCACCAACUUCCCCGAAAGUGCGGACGAUGCGUACAUUCGAAAACUUUUUGGCGAGGUGAGUAGGCGGCUUAAAGGUGACCGCAGGAUUAAUACCGUGCAGUUCGGGGUCAUGUUCGAUGUUCGCUGGCCGAGUAAAAAGUUCAAAAGUACCCGACGCUUCUGUUACGUUCAAUAUACCUCACCGGCCGCCGCCGAGGCCGCCCUUUCGCUCCACGGAAAAGAGCUUGAACCACAUCAGUCGCUCAGUGUCCUGAUUUCAAAUCCUGAAAGGAAGAAAGACAGGACGGACCAUGACGCCGAUAACAAGGAGAUAUAUGUCGCGGGGCUGAACAAGAUGACGUCUUCCGAUGAUCUUCGCAAACUCUUUGAACAGCAUGGUAAGGUGAAGGGUAUUCGAAUGGCCACCGACCAAAAUGGACAUUGUAAAGGCUAUGCUUUCGUUGAAUACAAAGAUGCUGAACACGCAACCGCGGCUUUGCAAUCGAACAACUUCGAACUGAAAAAGCGGCACAUCGCGGUAACAAUGUCUGACCCCCGGGCCAAGGCUCGUCAACGAAACAAACCCGACGCGGACACGGAGUCGGGUUUAGGCAGGCGCGCUGACGUGCGAAGCCGGUCCGUACGCAUCCACAACCUUCCGCAGAAUACGGAAACCCAAGAAGGGCUACUACAACAAACAAUUGAAAAGAUCGUUCCGGUAGUUCGCGUCGAAGUCCUUGGUGACACGCGGGAGGCUGUUGUCGAGCUCGCCACUGCUGCGGAUGCAGGAAAACUUCUCUUGAGACCCGAACCACUAGAAUUCGGUGGAAAUGUGUUGAAGAUUACUGAAGAAGCAAUAGGUAGUAAGUCUUCGGCGCGCAACGCCGCUUCUACACCCGGUGGGAUGUUUGUACCUCGGACGGCGACUUCGAGACCUAGAGCGGGUCUAGGGCAUGCUAAAAAGCAGCCGACCAAGGUGGCGUCGAGCACUAGCACUACUAUAAAGCCAUCGGCUGCAUCCGCCACAGGCAAAGGACAAGAUGAUUUUAGGUCAAUGCUGGGAAACUAACAGUCUAAGAGAAUAAACUCAAACCUUCGAUUGAUCCUGAUAUUCACUAUAUCUCAUUGUCCUGGAAGAAGAAAGUAUCUCGCUCCUUCGGGUGCACGACUAUACUAUUCCACUGAAGUAUUCGAAGGAGGGGAGUCUCACAAACGAACAUGUAUAAUUCUAC